CCUGGAGGCCGCGGCGCCGGCAGUCGGGCCGAGCUCCGGAAGGCGGAUGUUGUCGUUCACUUUGUGUCUCCGGCUGAAGAUGGCCGCGGUGUUGGGCGAGAAGGCGGCGCUGAACUCGCUGCCCGAGAACGUGCUGGUGGAGAUCCUGUCCUACCUUUCCACCCGGGACCUGCUGCGCAUCAGCGGAGUCUGCAAGAGGUGGAGAAGAUUAGCUUAUGACAAAGGUCUCUGGAAAGAUGUCAAUUUAACCCCAUACAAGGUGAACUCGCGGAUUCUCUGGCACCUGGUCAGACAUUACCUGGGUGGGACUCUGCGAACCCUGAGAGUGAAGGGCGUCCUCCAUUCGGUCAAGAAGCACGAGUCGCUGACAGAAGCCUUGCUGUUGGAGAUUGGGAAACGCUGCCCGAACCUGUCUGAGCUGCGGCUCAUUGAGAUGAACCUGCGGGGCAUCAACUAUGAAUGCCUGCCACCUUCCUUGCUCAGCCUGGAGCUGACACACUGCGAGAUUCCCCUGCACUGGUUCAGAGCGGCAGCAGCCACAGCCAACGGGACCCGCAUGCCUCCCCAAAUCAAGAACCUGGAGGUGGACAAUGUCCCCAACUUCUCAGACCAGCACUUGCAGAACGUGGCGUCGCGGACGGCGCUGAAGGUGCUGAUCCUGUCAGGCACGUACCGGGUCACCGACUCUGGCAUCGAGAAGUCCGCCCAGUGUCUGUCCGAGGUGGUCCACCUGAAGCUCCACGGCUGCAACAUCUCAGACGAGUCGCUGCGCCAUAUCUCCCAGCACCUGACGCAGCUCCGCACUUUGGACCUCACGAACUUCUGCUCCAUGACGGACGCGGGCCUGGCCUGUCUCGGCGACCUGCGCUCGCUCCAGGCCCUCUGCUUCGAGUACUGCGACCAGAUUACGGUGGAGAAGCUCCUGGCCGUGUGCACCGGGCUGCCGUCCCUGGCCAAGCUCAACCUGAACGGGAACCCCUACUCUGAUGGAGACCUGCAGAAAAUCCGGCAGAGCUUGCCCAACUGCACCGUCACCAACGAUUUCCCUGCCAUGGACUCCAUGCUCAAGUUUUAAACCAUUGGGUUGUUCUCACCCUGGUGGUGCUCUGCCUUUUGGCCAGGAGAAUUAGGAGCUGGCCGACUGCACCAAGUAACCCGGGCUCUUCUUUGUUCCCCGAGGCUUGCAUGGAUUAUUGUGCAGUUGGUCAAGUCCCCAACAGCGUUGUGUUUGAAUUGACGAGCUGGCUGCCGCAGCCCACGUCUUCUCGUACAGUGAACACCUCGUGGUAUCUGUGGCGUGGCGGAGAGCAAGCACCCUGCUGUUCAAAAGCGAGCGGGGUGAGGGGCCUGUUUGGAGUAUGUUGAGAUGAGCCAGGCGCAGACUGCCGAAUGGGAAGCAAUGUUUCGUUGCUGGCCUCAGGCAGACGGCAUCCAACGUUUAGUGAUGCUCUGUCUUUGGAUUGUGUGCCAAUUAUUUUUGCGUUGGUGGGACUGUGGAAAUAUGUACAGAGAUGCAAGGAGGGAAUGCAUUGAGGUGCAAAUUGUCUGGAAAUACACAGCAAGUGCACAAACCUUCGACUGCUGUGCUGGGUAGUGGAGUGUGGCUAACCAACUGGUUUGCUGGAUGCUGACAGCUUACGAAGAAUAUUUAACUCGUUCAGUAACGUCACACUGUUCGGCUAGGGUAAUUUUAUUUCGGAGCUUUGUUUUGAAAAUAAAGUUUAUAAUUUGUAACAAUUUACAUAUCUCUCUAUUUCCUGGUAGCUGAUCUCUCCCCCUUGACCCAACUCAUGGGCCAACUGCGAGAAGGGUGUCAGUAGUGAUUCUUCACAUUGAGGGUGAGAUGGUUUGUUGCAGGGAGAGAUUGAAGCAAAGGCAAUGACAUGUUUUAAGAACAAGUUGUGUAUUUAAAUCGGAGAGAGAGCAGCUUGGGGUUUGCUCGGCAUCAGUGUGAUGAGUUAGUGUAGCCACAGUCUUUGGCUCUUUAAUAUCCCCUUCCCCUCUAUUUAUGGCAUGUCCCACAGUCAUGGGGUGUUUCCAUCUUCUAAAUAUUCCAGCUCCCUUCCCCCCUUCUGUGCCUUAGAUCACCUCUGUGCUAUGUGACAAUUGGCUGACUUAAGGCUUGGUGUCUUGAUGUUGAGAAGACAGAACUCACUGCUCUUGGUGGCCACUCACUCUGCUGUUUACACUCUGGCUCCAAACCUUUCCCUGAAUCCCGCUAAAUGGCUCCAGACAUCCAUAAAUUGAUACUAUCAAGUGCAAGUCCUGUUUGUCCCAUAUGCAUGUCCUCUUCGAUCUAACUGCCUCCUCGUCCCCCGAGGCAUUCAUUGUAAAACCAAGUUCCGUCAUCUUUCCCCCCCCCCCCCCGUCUCCUAAACCAGUCACCACGUUGUGUUGAGACUACGCUGCAAGGCUCUUGUCUCUCCUCCUUUGGCAUGGUCCUCUCACCACCCAAAGCACACAAGGUGUUAACAUUUCAACACACACCUCUCUCCUUGCUCAUCAACCCUCUCGACCGAAACAAAAAAAAAAGGAAAAAAGAACAAUGAAAUCCCAAAACAACUGAUUAGAAAGUGAAUUUAUGAAAAGAAAAAUCAAUAGGGGGAACUGAGGGAAGAGAUGAAAAUCUGAUUGAAAACAUCCAGGAAUCCUGCUCCUGUUUCUUGCCUCUCUGGACCACUGGGAAAAGCAGAGUCUUCAUGUUUCAAUUAAUUUAUUUAGACUGAUAUUUUUAUAUUUCUAUUUACUGACAGUAUUAGGAAGGUUUCGUUUCAAAGACUUUCCAACAUUUCAAACUGUUUCACGAGGCUCCUGCAAUUUUGAUGCAGUUUACUUUUGUGCUGGUACCUUGGUUUGUGGAGUGCUUUACAGUUAUGGAGUUCCUGUGGUCGCCAGUUAGUUUCUAGAGUUGUAAUCUGUCUUGAUAAAAGCACCAGAGGAGAAAUAAAAUUUUCAUUAAUAAU